CCGCCGUGGCGGCGGUGCCCGGGAGGAUGCCGGGGAAGCAGGGCUCGGCGGGCGGCGGCGGCGGUGAGAUCCCGGGGGCCGGCGCGCAGCGGCAGCGGAGGCGGCGAAGGAAGGUCUCCUGCUUCUCCAGCAUCCAGCUCUUCCUGGUGUCCGAGUGCGCCCUGAUGCUGGCCCAGGGCACGGUGGGAGCCUACCUGGUGAGUGUUUUAACCACCUUGGAGCGGCGAUUCAACCUCCAGAGUGCUGACGUGGGUGUCAUUGCCAGCAGCUUUGAGAUUGGCAACCUGGCUCUCAUCCUCUUCGUGAGCUACUUCGGAGCCCGAGGACACCGGCCACGCUUGAUAGGAUGUGGAGGGAUAGUCAUGGCCUUGGGUGCCCUCCUUUCUGCCUUGCCUGAAUUUCUGACCCACCAGUAUGAAUAUGAAUCAGGAGAAAUACGCUGGGGGGCUGAAGGGAGGGAUGUGUGUGCUGCCAACGGGUCCACCAGUGAUGAGGGACCAGACCCGGACCUUAUCUGCAGGAAUAGGACUGCUACCAACAUGAUGUACUUGCUGCUCAUUGGAGCACAGGUUCUCCUGGGCAUUGGUGCUACCCCUGUCCAGCCCCUGGGAGUUUCCUACAUUGAUGACCACGUGAGGCGGAAAGAUUCCUCCCUGUACAUAGGGAUCCUGUUUACGAUGCUGGUAUUUGGACCAGCCUGUGGAUUUAUCUUGGGCUCCUUCUGUACCAAAAUCUAUGUGGAUGCUGUCUUCAUUGACACAAGCAAGCUGGACAUCACCCCGGAUGACCCUCGGUGGAUCGGUGCGUGGUGGGGAGGCUUCCUGCUGUGUGGUGCCUUACUCUUCUUCGCGUCCCUGCCGAUGUUCGGGUUCCCGCAGUCCUUGCCCCCGCGGCCGGAGCAUCCUGGGGAGAGCGAGCAGGCCAUGCUUCCCGAGAGGGACUACGAGAGACCCAAACCCAGCAACGGGGUCCUGCAGCACCCGCUGGAUGGGGAGAGCAGCACGACCUGCUUCCAGCAGCUGCGAGUGAUCCCCAAAGUAACUAAGCACUUGCUCUCCAAUCCGGUCUUCACCUGCAUCAUCCUAGCAGCCUGCAUGGAGAUUGCAGUGGUGGCUGGCUUUGCAGCCUUCCUGGGAAAGUACCUGGAGCAGCAGUUCAACCUCACCACCUCAUCUGCCAACCAGCUCCUGGGAAUGACAGCAAUCCCCUGUGCGUGUCUGGGCAUAUUCUUGGGUGGCCUCUUGGUGAAGAAGCUCAGCCUGUCUGCUCUGGGAGCCAUCAGGAUGGCCAUGCUGGUGAACCUGGUGUCCACAGCUUGCUAUGUGUCUUUCCUGUUCUUGGGAUGUGACACAGGACCUGUGGCAGGGGUUACUGUUCCCUAUGGAAACAACUCAACUCCAACCUCAUCUCUGGACCCAUAUUCCCCCUGCAAUAACAACUGUGAAUGCCAAACUGAUUCCUUCACUCCAGUCUGUGGGGCAGAUGGGAUCACAUACUUAUCUGCCUGCUUUGCUGGCUGCAGCAGCACGAAUCUCAGUGGCUGUUCGUGCCUCACCUCGGUCCCUGCCGAAAAUGCCACCGUCGUUCCCGGCAAAUGCCCCAGUCCCGGCUGCGAAGAGGCCUUCUUGACAUUCCUCUGCGUGAUGUGUGUUUGCAGCAUGAUUGGGGCCAUGGCGCAGACACCGUCUGUCAUCAUCCUCAUCAGAACCGUGAGCCCUGAACUCAAGUCUUACGCUUUGGGGGUGCUUUUCCUGCUUCUUCGUUUGCUAGGUUUUAUCCCACCUCCACUGAUCUUUGGGGCUGGAAUUGACUCCACCUGUCUGUUCUGGAGCACGUUCUGUGGCGAGCAAGGAGCCUGCGCGCUGUACGACAACGUGGUCUAUAGAUACCUGUAUGUCAGCAUUGCUAUAGCCCUCAAGUCUUUUGCAUUCAUCUUAUAUACAACCACCUGGCAGUGCUUGAGGAAAAACUAUAAAAGAUACAUCAAGAACCACGAAGGUGGUCUCAGCACUAGUGAGUUUUUUGCCUCUACUCUCACCCUAGACAAUCUGGGGCGGGACUCAGUGCCCCCAAAUCAAUCACAUAGGACAAAAUUUAUCUAUAACCUUGAAGAUCAUGAGUGGUGUGAAAAUAUGGAGUCUGUUUUAUAGUGACUGUGGAGGGGUGAACUGUAUUAAUAAUACAAGGGUCCUUUUUAAUAAAAAAACAGAAGAGCGUGAGAGUGAAGAAACACAACUGCAAAACAACAACGGCAACACAGGAAACUUUUGUCUUUUUCUCAAAGUCAGACCCAGCCAGGAUUCUUGAGAACAGCAUCUUCUAACGGGAUCACUUGUGAAAUCCUGCAGGGUGCUGGAGAAAGGAGGGAGCUGCUGUGGCUGGGUACCAGCUCCUUUGGUGACAGCACGAGCUUCCAAGGAGGACACCCGCAGAGGUUUUUCAGAGAGCUUGGCAAAUGGGCAGGCUUGGGCAGGAGGCACAGGGGAAGUGAGGUGGUAACAGCAACGCAGACAGGGUCCCAGGGGUAUGUGGAGCCCUGCAGCAUGGGUGCUGCUCGAACCCCCUGCACUUUGUGAUGGCAAAGAGGGAGUGGUGCUGGAGUUGUUCCACCAGUCACACUUAUCACCAGCCACGAGUCCAUGGCAGAUACCUUGAAAGCUGCUGGAAGCCUUCCAGGUGGCGCGCGGUGCUGUCAGGGUGUCCGAGUCCUUCCAGCCGAGGCGUGUUCGCAGAUUGCAGCUUCAUGCUUGUCUGCGAAUAGCUGUGCUCAGAUCUCUCAAACCCAGUAAAGUUCAAGACAUUUGCUCACACUUGCCAAACGUGCUGUCAUUUUUAAAGGGGGAUGAAUUCCAAAUACCUGUCUGUGUAAUCCUCUAAUAAGAUUAUUUUUUUUUUAACUUAUUUUCAAAUCUGUGUUAACCCUUAAAUCGCUGACAGUUUUCCAUGGGGAGGAUUUAUUUAUGCUAGUUUGGGGAAGGAUCCUGUUUAAUUCACCCAAACACAAUGUGACUCAAGGGGUUUCUUUAAUCCUCUGCUUUUUUUAUCCAUUCGCCUUCAUUCUAAUAUGCUACCAAGCCAAUGAAGACACAUAAUAUGUUUUUAAAAAAGAGAACGAAUGCACUGUGUCUCUAUAAAAACAGUUGUCAGUUGGAGAAUUAUAGAUCAUAUGAAGAUUUACAUAAUAGAGAUUUUUCAUAUUCUAUGUGACUCAGUGAAUACAUAUAUAUAUAUAUAGACAUACAAGGAGGCUGUUUAUGUUCUCUCCAGUUUUUAAAGAUAUAUAUAUAUAAUUUGCAAUCUAGAAAUUGUGUGGUGGAUGUUUUCUUUAAAGUGUGUGUGUGUGCGUGUGUGUGUGUACAAGAUGAAAGGAAUACUGACCUUAAUCCUGCAACCCUUACAAUUGAUUUUUUUUUAUUGUUUUUUUUUUCACCUCGGAAAUUCUACUCACUUCAGUGGAAGCCAUGUGAGGAAGGUGGAAUAAUCUCCCCUCCUGGAGGCCAUGUUUUGCCUUUAGAUGUGCAAAUAAUAUUCCUGCAGAAGGCUGGGUUAUGGGAGCAGAGAGUGACCAGCAUUGAGCACCUCUGAAAUUUUCAUUCAGAUGCUCAAGAAGUAUCCAUGCAGGAGCAGAUCUGGCUUUGUUUUUGCAAUGCAGUCUUAUCUAUGCCUGCUAAACUAAUGGAGAAGCUUUCAUCUGAUUUCAAGAAGCAUUGGGUCAGGCUUAUUUUGCAUGCAUAUUUUUCUUUUCCAAAACAUUCCUGCUGGGAAGCAAUACAAAUUGGUUGUGUUUGAUGAGUUUUACCUGAGAACCAGACCCGUUUCCGAUGGACUAAAUGUCAGAAGGGUUUGAAGGGUUAGCAACAUAAUCAAAAAUCUCCUUUUUUUGUUUGUAUUUUGAAGCUGUUGUGAACUUGCAGAUGUUUAGAGAAGUAACCUGGCAUGUUGAAUCAAAUGCUGGACGUCACUUCCAUGCAGCUGGCAGAGGGGCUGAUCUUCCCCUUGUCCAUUGCUGGCAGUGGACACCCCAGGGCUGGCGCAAUUGCAGAGGGUUGAUAACUUGUCACUCAUGUUCAACACCUUUUUAGCAGACUUUACUCUUAUGUAGGCAUUGAAACAUGGGUGUGGGAUAUCAAACUGCUUCCACUUGACUGACUUUACAUAUGUGUUUGUAAUUUAUGCACAGCAUUAUAUGUUCAGCAACAAUAAGGGCAAAAAAGAGAAAAAAAAAAGUGUAUCAAAUAAACUCCACUGUGCCAAAUACUUGACAAAUAUUGUAACUGCAUAUAUUUGAUUCUUGUUUUGCAGGCAUGCUCAGAAUCACUUGAUUAAUGAAGGAGUUUAAGAAAAAAAAAAAAAGAAGUUAUUAAGCUAUGCAGUGCCAUUGUUGUGUUGGGUGGUAAAUGAUGCUUUUUAGACCAGUAGAUUGGUUUAGUAUAUCCUGUCUGCUAAAACAAGAGAUACUGCAUCCAUAAAACAGCGAAUUUUAAAAAGGCACAGGGUGCAUAACUGUCUCAUAAAAUAUGUAUAAUUGUCAAGUAUAAGCCUUUGAAAUCAUUCUGUACAGUUCUCUUCAUUCUGAAAAUUUAUUACUUAGACUGCUGUCUUUUCAAAUGUUAGCUGAUAAUUUUAUACUAUACACACACAUUCAGACUUGAACACAAAUGUCCCAGAAUAGAACCUUUCUAAAAGCCUGGUUGCUUGAAGUUCUGUAACCUCUUGCACAAUUUCUUUUUUUUUUUUUUCUCCUUCUAAAGUCCAAGGUGAAGGACAAUAGCAUACUGACAUGAUGCAAAACAAACUCCCAGUGUUGGAGAGCUGUGGUUUGUCAGUACAGUUAAAAAUCCCCUUUGACCAGAGUUAUAGAAACAGGAUUCCAGGAACUUCUUUUUUUUAUUAUUUAAUCUCUUCUCUUGCUAUGUAUGGGAGAUAGAGUUGAAUGGGGUCACUUAUAUGAUUUUUAAGCUGUAACUUAAAAUCCCUGCAUGAUUGCUGGUUUAUUUCUUUUGAUAAUGCGACUUUUGAAGAGCUCUCCCCACAUCCCACUCUUUUUUAUUUUCUUUUUAAGGGUGCAUCAGAUGCCUUCAUCAUGAAGGGCUUCACUGUCAGUGCUUUGGUACAGAUUCAAGAACAGAGCUUUAGUUUAAAGGAAACACACAGACCAAAACCUUCAUCCAUCCCAGCAGGCUCUUUGUUUAUUCUGAUUUCAAAGCCACUAGCCAGUUUUGCCUGCAACCCAAUUUUUCUUGUAGAAUAACAAAUGAAGAGUCUCAGACAUCCUUCCUCUUCCCAAAUUGCAGCCUGGGCCUUGGCCUGUCAGCACUUCACUUCCAUCCCGCUGCUGCCUUAACUGUGCAGGAAACUGAAGAGCAAGGAUGGAGUCAGAAAAAUGCCCAUUCCUGGGAACAGAAGCAGGGGCAUGGUCUGAGCUGUGCUAGCCAGAGCCAACGUUGGAAUUUUUUUCUCCAUAUAUCAGAGGCAUUGAAAUUCAGGGGUUUGUUGAGACCUCAGUCUCAGCAGAAAUGUUCUUUUGACAUUUCCAAGCACUGUGUUCCCUGCAUGGCUGUCUGCUAAGGAAUGGGAUGGUGGAGAUACAAACUACUUGGGAUUUAACAGUCUCUGUGGGAUUGUCCAGUUGCCUUGCAUGACUUCAGGUUGGGGUUUCCUUUCCCUUGCACAGAUCCCACCUCGGCAUAGCCUCAGUGGAUUCAGAAGGGGACCCCAAUCUAAAAUUGGUGCAGAUAACACUAGAUUCUUUCCCAUCGGUUUCUUUGCAUCUUUGUUGAACAAGAGGAUGCAUUUUCAGGUCCUUCUUUUUAUAUGUGUUGAAAUCCUGCAUUUCUCUGACUUAGCCCAGCACAUCUUGGAUGUAUAGUGGGACCAAAAAGGCCAUAAUUUGAAUCAUCUAGACAACCUGCCAUUCUUUAGGAAUCCAACUAAGAGGGCCUCAUGCUGCCAUACCCCUGCAAAAUGCACUGAACUACUUAGUGCUGCUAUUAUUAAUCUCAGUUGGGUCUCACCUUGCUGGGAAGGUGAAAAAGGAAAGAUGCAGAGAGGAAUUAUCUUCAAUUAGCUGAGUUAGCUGUGCUUCAAAAUGCUUCGGAACUGAACUGAUGGCCUGCAGACAUUUGGAAAGUGAUUGGAGUAUUUCCAAAUGGCUGAGAUGCAUUGGCAUUUUCUACUUGAAAAGAAAAAAAAUUAAAAAUAAGGGCACGAAGGAGAUUUGGAGUCUUUCCUGUCCCCAUCAGAGUUUUGUGUUCAUCAAAGACCUACUGGAGGCAAUUUACUUCAGCUUUGCCUUCGUGUCUCAGUCAGAGACAUGUUUUUUUUCUCAGUAAACAAGGUCUUGGGAGACAGAAAGGUGACUCCACCUGUAACCAGCAGAUUCAUUCUGCUCCAGACAACCUGAAGGCUACAGGCACAGUUGAAGAUUUAGCCCCUGUGUCAGGCAUGGCUGUUGCUGCCAUGUGAGAGUUCCUCACAUCUGGAUGUGUUGGGCUCAGUAUUUUCUGCAGACUUGGACAGUCUUGGUGUGAUGUUUGGUUUAUUCUUGGCAGGCGACAUGGGGAACUGUCAGCAUGAAAGACAUGCAAAUGCUUCACUGGACUGAAGUGAGAACAGCUUUGUUCCUUUAUUCACAAGGGUUUCCAGACUUAUUCUCACUCUGCCUUUAGACACAGCCACACUCAUAUAUCCACCUAAUUUCUCAUGAACUAUUUUUGCAGAGGCAAGCAGGUUUGUUGUUGAUUUCUAGAUCUGCUUAAUGUCUGCAAAGUUCACAGGCUUCCUGUGUGUAGGGCAGAGCAUCCCUGGAUAUAAGCAAUAAUACUGACCUGUUCUCUUUUGCUUUAGGAGUUUUUGCUUUUCUUUCCUAAAUCUGAGUUCACCUCUCCUAACAUCCCAUGCUGCUGCUGUGACUUGCCUUUUGUGUUGGCAGCGACUCCAUGAGACUGAAUUGUCUCCUUUCCUUCCAACAUGACCCUGUCCUGUCCCCACAAGGCAGCCAAGAUACAAGUGGUGUGAAUAUAGGCAGCAGAUUAUUAAGACAGGUUAUGGUGUGAUGGGAGCCUUUGGCAUGAGCCAGGCUCAGCUUUGGUUACCUGAUUGUUGAGAUUUGAGCCAAGAAGGAAAGGAACAACCAGGGCAUUGUGGCUGAGCCUCCAAGAGUCCCUGUAAGUAUUUUCCACCCUUCAGUGCUGCUGGAUGGACCUACCAGCCCUACCUCCCUGAGCCCUGUGGUUUGUGGACAUUUCGUCCAAACUGACCAUCAGCUUCGUUUCUCCAGCCAUGGUUCUUCCUUCCUCCCAAUGGCAAAGCACAGCUUGGCUUUACCAAGUCAAUGUGAGGUGUUUGGGGUUGUUGACUGGUGUUUAAAUUUGCCUGGGAUGCCAGUAGGUCUCACUUUGUAUUACACAGGCUCAAAAUAUUAUAGUUUGUUCUGCUUUUAUACACUAAAUCUAUUGAUUUUAGGCUGCAAAUGAUGUUUUCUAUAAUUGCUAUUAAUUUCUAGCCAAUCUGAGUCUUAAUAUAAUUGCUUCACUGAAAAAUGGCCUUUCAGCAGUUCUUAGGUAUUAGGUUCUUCUUCAUUAACUAGCAAUGUCAAGUAAAAUCUUAGGGCAUUGUCUGUUCCCUGAAUCCAGUGGAGCAGAAGGAGGCUCUGUCUCCUCAGGAGCAAUACCUGUGUUUUCUCUGACAGUAUGAACGGAGUGCUUUUCUUUCAGCUUCAGUCUUGUCACAGCUGCUUGACUGUGAACAUCUCUCUGUCCUGAGAGGACACGGGAUUCAAGAGAAGCCACAUGGACAGAGGAUUCCAUUAAUUUGGCUGCAAGAGUGGGACCAUAGGAUUGUGCACAAUGUACGUGCUGUUUCUCUUGACAAAACUUUGCUUGGGUCUCUCCUUGAUGAAUGGAGUGACUCCAGGGAUGGGGUCUUUGGGAUACUAUGAGUUUGUGAUGUUUCCCCACUUACUUCAGAUUAAGUGUGGCAGAGCAGAGUGUCACACCCGAGGAAGGAAAAGAUUAGCAAUACCCUGACAGGUUGUAGUGCUGUGCUUGCUCUAUACACAGUUGGUGUCUGCAAAUGGCAGAAAGCAAUAAGGAACUUAUCAAGUCCAACUCAGCAAAUAAUUUAUAGCAACUUCAUAAAUAAAUUUUCCCUUUUGUUUCUUCCUUGCAAAUUGCUGAGAAAACCAAGAAAAUGCCUCCAGUGUAUUUGCAAGGUUGUUUCUGCAUGUCAUCUGUGGUCUGGAGGGUUUGGAAAAGCUUUGUUAUAAUUCAUGUGUGUUGGUUUGUUCUGACUGGCCAUGGAAACCAUGAGGGAUAUUUCUGCUCCCUGAGUUCCCUAGGCUGGAAUUUUCUCAUCGGUACAAAUACUUAGUUCAAAAGUAUGUAAUUAGGGAUUGAGUAAGAGGUUCCUUGCUCAAUGCCAGUGGGCAAAGUGCCACUGGACAAACACUGCUCCAGAACAGCCAAAGGGCCUGGCUUCCCAUUCAUAAUUCACUUUCCAGGAAUAUUCUCUCACAGAUGCUUGAAAUUCUCAGUCUCUCCCAGUGUUCCUACCACCUAAUGCAUUCAUUUGAGUAAUUACCAAGAGCAAACAUGAGAAGGUUAUGAACUCAGACAAAGCCAAAUUGGUUUUAAGGUGAAGCAGGUGGUGCAAAUUUUAUUUGCAAUGUUUGCACAGCUCUUAGCUCAGCAGCAAAAAUCUCUCGGGAAUCAGAGUCACAUGUGUCCUAACAUACCUUCCUUCUUCCUGAUUGAAUUGCCAGUUGGUAGGACAGCAAAAGUCAUCUCUGCCUGCCACAUAUCUCCAAACCCCUUUUCUUUUGCUGUGUGGCAUUGCACAAACACCAGAGCAUUUACACCUCAAUGUAAAUUGCAUCUCAGUGUGAUGUUUUCGGUGCCUCACAACUCGAACUGUGUGAACUUGAAAGGAAGAAAUUACCCCUGUUCUUUGCCUGCGACGCUUUCAGCCUGAUCGGAGGAGAAUGAUCCCUCUUGAAGUCUCACAGCUGUUUUCCUGAAGUCUUACAUGCAGUGGGAUUAAAACAGGUGGCCUACAAGCUGUCUUCAGUGGGUAUAGUUUGCCUACAGCCCCAGGUUGCCUUCAUAGUGUGAUGAGGCUACACAGAUGUUAAGGGUUGCCAAUGGUCUACAACCACCAAAGCUGGGGAGUAUCCAUGUUGGCACGAGAGUGUCUCCCAUCAUCUAUGUUUGGGAAGGAGCCAUCUCAGAGCAGGGUUCAGUGGAGAGGUGCAGCAGAGCUGGGACAAUGCAAAAGGGAGCUCUUGGCUUGCUUUGGUAAUAUGUCUGUAGGGGGGAGGGGUGGGGAUGGGAGCAGGGGAAGAGCUGUGACCUUUUAAAACCCAUAGUGCCUACCACUGCAAAUGGAACGCUGUAUUGUAUUAUAUUCUACGUGAUUACCAUGUAAAUAAAGUACAAUAAAUGUGGUGUUCAUUAGGAUUUUGAUACCAGUCAAAUGCAGUCUGCAGAAAUGUUUCUUUUUUCCCUGCUGUAUGUAGGUACAUCAUAUUCCAGGGAUGGGGACAUUUGGGGUUGUGUGAGCUAGAAAUGCAUAAAUGGCAGUAGAUGGGAAAUUUGCAGUAAGACUAUUUUAAAACUCCUUUUGCUCAGUACAGAUGAGAUAUGAGUACCAUGUAAAAACCAGGCAGAGUGGAGGGAGUGGUGGCAGGAGGAGAGCAGCUCUUGGAUUGACAUGGUUUGUGAGCAGAAUGGACAGUGCUGCCCAGCCAGUCCUGGGCCAUGCUUCAUUCAUGGUGGAGGAAAAGCAAAGUUUUAGUUUGGCUGAUUUUUCUUUGCUUGUUUUCCUGAUGCAGAGGUUGAUCAGGAGCAUAUGCCUUGCCUCUGUAGCCUGGUUAUUCUCCACCCUUGAGAUCCCAUAGCAGCGGCUGCAGCUGAGCAAACUUGAGAGGUUAAAAUUCAAAGCAGACUGGGAAAGUUCUCCUGCCCUUAGCUCAACCAGCGGACCCCGCUCUGGCUCUGGCAAACAUCGAGGGGCUUUUUCUUUGGCUAAUAAGACUAGUAGGAAGGUACUUUGUUCCUUAACCCACUCCCUUCUCCAUGCUCGUAUUUCUCCAUGGUGUAAUAACAGAAUUAAUGCAUUUCAGUGAGGCAUAUCCACCAUGUGCCCUGCAACUCUUAACUGGGUUGGUGAGAGUUUUUCCAGGCUUCAGAGGCUCAGGACUUCUCUGGCAAGUGUUUGCAGCUGGUGGGUGGUUGUAUGUGAAGAAGGGUAUUCAGGAGAUGGUCUGUAGCAGCAUUCAUGGGAUCUGGUGCUUCUGCCCCUGCCUCAGCUGCAGGCUGGUCUUUUCCUACAGUGCCCAAAGGAAAGUGGUCCUCAGAAAGGUGUUUGGAGUGUGCUGGUUUGCCUGCUGAUAAUUUUGCAGAUGUUUAGCAACACUUCAAAAAUAAACCAAAACCUGGUUUGGAAAAGGAAAUGUUUCACUGUACAAUUGAUUAAAAAAAAAAAAAAAAAGGAAAAAAAUAAGAAAGAGAAACCACAUGCUCGAUAUAUUUUGAGUACUGUGUUCUGUAUUUUUGCAGCUUAUAUUUUCCAGAUGAGCAGUUUAGAAAGAUGUGAUGUGAAAUACAUACUGUAAGU